AUGGGCGGAAACGCGUUCAGCAAGGUCAACGGGGCCACUGGGGCGUCCCCGGUGACGCCCACACCGAACAGAGCCACCGCGCCCUCCGCCACCGCUGCUGCCGCUGCCGCUGCCGCCGGCAACAGAAACGAGACGAAAAGCCCUGGCGAUGCCAUCAUUACCAUUGCCAUGGCUGCGCGGGCCUUCGAUGAGGAUGCCGAGGCCGUCAAGACCCAGUUUUGCAACAUAUACGCAAAGGGUCAUGACGAAGGCCAUGCCCGCGGAUACUCCAAGGGCUACAUGGACGGCUACAGCGCCGCCAUGGCCGACCUCGAGGCUCAGCGCAAAGAAGCUGGCCCGACCGCCGACCAGCGUGCCGCCGCCCUCGCCGCCACCUCCGCCUUGGAUAUCGGCAAUCGUAGCUUCUCCUCCCCCGUUUGGGAUGCCGGCACCAUGGCAACGGGUCCCCGUCGCAGAGCCGUCUCGGAUCAUGCCCGUCCCACGAGACGUUCCCUUUUGCCUGCCUUCCUCGACCGCCGUUCGGGUAACCUGGACUACUACACCCCCCAAAACUUCGUGCGCUCGUUCAACGAGGAGGACCCUUUCACCCCCUCCAACGUGUCGGAGACCGGGGUCAGGUACAUGGAUGUGGCCGCCCAGGUCUAUCAGGAGCAUUACCCCAAUUUCCCGCUGCCCAACAUUGCCGAAGAGGACGAUGACACUCCCCGGGCUGCCCGAUUCGCCCCCGAUACCCAGCUGGAAUCAGUCAACCCUAUGGACCAGGCUGUAUUUUCUCCCGGCAGUGACUACAUGAGCCCCAGCAGCUAUUACACCGCCACAGGAAGCCCGAUGCCGGCCGCCGCCCAGGCCAUCGCGACCGCGAACAACAACAAUCGUCGUCAUCUGAACAACCCGCAGCAUACCAGCCCGCAUCUUCACGGCACUCAUCCGAGCACGCCGACGGCCCACACCACCACCUCGCGCCCCAGCUCCAUGUCGGGCACUCUGUACGGAAUCCCCCCGGCUUCGGCAGUCAACGUUAUCCAGCCAAACUUUGAGCGCCCGCCGCUCCCGCCUCCGCCGUACCCCCAAAUGUUGGCCAACCAACGGGUAUCUCUUCCCACUGCCAGCGGCAGACUUAUGGAGGAUCCAUAUCGCUUGCUCGUCGGACCUAUUAGCCAGCGCUCGCGGGAGGAGUGGUCGUUCGACCAGGGCAAGCAGUACUUCAGCGCCCGGCUGGAUGGCGUGGAGCUGUGCGAGUUCCAGCCGGAUAUUGAGGGCAAUGUUUACGUCGCCAUUCUUUUCUCGUCUCCUAUUCUGGCUGAGGUGGCGAGGGGGAAGAUUCAGAAUUAUCCUUGCGGUGGCGUGCGACUCUCGAGCUGGAUUCACAAGCGCAUCGUUCAUUGA